AUGAAGAAGAUCACAGUAUACGUCGAAGACGGGGAAACCACGGUAAAAUUAUUGGAUCCGUUAGUCCUAACGCACGCGUCCAAACUCUACUUGAAAACGGCCGCCGUGUUUUGGACGUAUCAAAAUAUUCGGAAAGGAUACAACGACUAUUUUUCCAUCGAUAAGAAAAAAGUCACGUUGGACGAAGGAUACUGGACGUUUAAAAAUUUACGGAAAGAGCUGGAAAGUCACGGAUUAUCCGUCGAAGAAUAUCCCGACGGUCGAAUCAAGAUCGGAUACACGAAAGGUAUAAAAUUCUUAAAUCUAUGGAAAUUAAGUGACUUGUUGGGAUAUACCACUACCUUUUCGACGACGCAUCCAAGCGAUCGGUCCGUCGAUAUUCAUGAAGGAUUAAGAUUUUUAACCGUCGGUUGUAAUUUAGCGAACCGAUCCCGAAAUAUAGAUUUUAAUGGAUUUCCCAGUAAUAUCAUCACGUCGCUUCCCAUCGACGGAACGAAACCUCUGUUCGGAACGACGACUAAAUACAACGACAUCGAAAGUGAAGUCACUGCGGAUGCGGGAAUUUACAACGAACUUUAUUUCGACGUGAAAUCUAACGUUCGCGGUAUCGUACCGGGAAAUGUUUUAAUGGAACUCUAUGUCAUAUAA